UACAAAAAGUAGCAUAUGGUUAGGAAAACAGGCUUAUCCUCUUAUGAAGAAGACCCAGUUCGGCUUCGAAGUAGUAGAGCUUUUGAACAGCCAUGGCAACCUUGAGCUGUCACUUUCACCCUACAGUCUACAAGAGUUCUCCAAGUACUAAAGCUAGACCUUCCAUCCUUUGCUCAAUGCAGCCCUCUCAAAGUAAUGUCAAGGUUAUUGUAAAUGGAGCAGCAAAGGAAAUAGGAAGGGCAGCAGUAAUUGCAGUGACUAAAGCUAGAGGAAUGGAGGUGGCUGGUGCAGUGGAUUCAUAUCUAGUAGGAGAAGAUAUUGGGAAGGUAUGUGACAUGGAAGAGCCUCUAGAAAUUCCCAUAAUAAAUGACCUCACCAUGGUAUUAGGUUCCAUAUCUCAGUCAAAAGCAACAGGAGUUGUCAUUGAUUUCACUGACCCUUCGACAGUAUAUGACAAUGUGAAACAGGCAACAGCAUUUGGGAUGAAAAGUGUAGUUCAUGUGCCUCGAAUUAAGCUUGAUACGGUAGCUGCAUUGUCCGGAUUAUGUGAGAAAGCCAGCACGGGUUGUCUUGUUGCUCCGACUCUAUCCAUAGGAUCUAUACUUCUCCAACAAGCAGCAAUAUCGGCUUCCUUCCACUACAACAACGUUGAAAUUGUGGAAUCAAGGGCAAGUCCAGCGGAUCUUCCAUCGCCAAAUGCCACCCAGAUUGCCAAUAACCUCUCCAAUCUUGGCCAGAUCUACAAUAGACAAGAUAUUUCAACUGACGUUCUGGCAAGGGGUCAAGUUCUAGGAGAAGAUGGGGUUCGAGUGCACAGCUUAGUCCUUCCAGGAUUGGUUUCCAGUACAACAGUCCACUUCUCUGGCCCAGGAGAGAUUUACUCUCUCAAACAUGAUAUCACUAAUGUGCAAUGUCUCAUGCCAGGCCUAAUCUUGGCCAUUAGAAAGGUCGUGCGCCUUAAGAAUCUGGUGUAUGGCUUGGAGAAAUUUUUGUAGAACACCACUACUUCUAUCUCCAAAAUCUGGAACCUUAACCUGGGUGUUAAUCAAAAGAUCCAUACCAUAUCAUCCUGCAAACAAAGAUUUGAAAGAGGAAGGUCAGAUAAGAGAAACAGCAGAGGGGGAAAAAUCCUUUUCUUUUCUUUUAAUGAGUUGUAAUUUACUGAACAUAUGAGAGACAUUAAAGUUUUGUGGAAUACAAUUGGAAUACAACAUGAUUAAUGAAGGCCGAUUUUCAUGCAUA